AUGAGUAAAAAAAGUUCAUCAAAUUUGAAUAAUGGAAAUACCUCAAUUUUUAAGGAAAAUUCAUUUUUGACAAUAAAUUCACCCGCAACAAGGUGGUUUGAUUGGUUGAGUAAUUCUCAAUUAGAAAAAUGGUCAACUUUGUUAAGCUUAAUCUUUGGAAUUUAUAUAAAAUGGACUGUAGGUUUAAAUCCAUACUCAGGUUACAAUACUCCACCAAUAUAUGGAGAUUUUGAAGCACAAAGACAUUGGAUGGAGUUGACAUUAAAUGUUCCAAUUAAACAGUGGUAUUAUUAUGACACAGAAUGGUGGGGCCUUGAUUAUCCUCCACUGACAGCAUAUGUAAGUUGGAUUUGUGGCAAAAUAGGAUAUUUAAUUAACCCUGAAUGGGUUGAACUAGAUGAAUCUCGUGGUUAUGAAAGUACAGAACUUAAAAUAUUUAUGAGAUCAAGCUUAACAGUAAUUAUAACAUUUAGUGUGAUGUUUUUUCCAUUCUUAGAUUCACUUGAUCAGAUUACACAAGUGAUUUGGCGUAUUUUCCCUUUAUAUCGUGGAUUAUAUGAAGAUAAAGUUGCCAACAUUUGGUGUUCUAUAAAUGUGAUUAUUAAAUUACGUGAAUUGUUUGAAAUCUAUGUAUUAACAAAGUUGAGCCUUUUAACAACUCUUAUAGCUAUUUUACCAACUUGUUUUUACAUUGGAAUAACAACUGAUAAACAUCAACUUGUAUAUAGCUUAGCAAAUUGUUCUUUAGCCUUUUUUUUGUUUUCUUUUCAGGUACAUGAGAAAUCAAUAUUAUUACCAGCAUUGCCCAUCACCUUAUUAAUCAUGGAUGAACCAUUUUGGAGCCCUUUGUUUAUUAAUGUUGCAACGUUUAGCUUGUUUCCACUUUUGAGGAAAGAUCAACUAGUUUUCCCUUAUCUUAUUUUACUUUCAAUGUGGAAUUGGUUGGGCUCAUUCUUUCACCAAGGUACAAAAUCUUUAUUAUUAAGAAUUUUAUCUUGGUUAUCAUAUUUAUUUAUGAUUGUUUUUCAUAUAUUAGAAUUUAAGGUUUUGCCACCUGAAAAAUAUCCUGAUAUUUAUGUUGUCAUAAAUGUUAUUUUUAGUUCAGGAAUAUUUAUUUUAACAUUUAUUUAUUUUAAUUAUAAGCAAAUGAUAGACUUAUUUAGAAAGCAUCACCACCAAGGUUCUAAUGAAAAGGAUAAAGUUGAAUAA